AUGGAGCAGGUCCACGGCGUCGAUGUGAGCUGGAUGACCCAUGGCGCUCCCAAAGGCAUGUUUCCAAGUCGCCACCCGUCCUCGUCCUAUCGCAUCGCCUCCCGCGAUAACCACGACGACGACUCCGAACUGACCUCUAGAGUAGAAAAAGCGUCAAGGAAUUCACCUCCUUCCAAGAGUCCCUCGCCAGCCCUACCGCGACAGAUUCCUGGCGCAACUUCGAGACCAAAAUCGCCGGCUUCGGCCCCGACUGACAACCCGUCGCCCGAUACCAACGGUACAAAUAAUGGCCAGACCGUACCUUCCAACGGCUCCGCUACUCAAAGAAGACCCUCGCGCUCGAAUUCUGUAGAUAAACCAACUCCCGUUGGAACUCCGCCGCACCGUCGCAAUUCAUGGUUCUCCAAUAUUUCCGCAAAGUUCUCCUCCAGCUCGCCGCCCGCCAACCCGCCCACACCGGCUUCAAUACCAGAGACGCCCAGUCCAGCCUCCGAUCCCGCUCCUCCCAAGCUCUCGCAUACAAAGAAUGCUGUCCUGCAACAUGCCUCCAAACCCGAAGGUGACGGUCCUUAUAUACCAGCCCCGCCAAAGAGUGGUCAAGCCGGUUUCCUGGGUGUGUUUAGACGUCUAUCCUCGUCCUCCAGCGGUGCACUCUCGCCUGGUGGUAAGUUAGGACACGGUUUGGUCGACAGGGUGGUUUUGAAUGUGGACCAGAACCGGGAGCGAUGUCCUAUAUCCGAACUCCAUUGCGCCAAAUUGCGAAGGGUGGCUUUCUGCGUCGACGUCGAAAUUGCGCCAAUGCCUCGGUACGCCGAGGGUGAAACUGCACAGCCUAACAAUGUCGACAAGGUGCAAAAGAAAAAGGUCACGGAAAAGGGGGAGGGGGAGGCCCUCAAAAACCCAAAGGCUGUAGAGGAACAGAAGGAGACCAAUGGAGCAGUGAAGAGCACUGGGGAACCUCUGCCCAAAGAGCCCGAGAAGGAGGGAACUGAAGCUCCUCCUCCUCCUCCUCCUCCUCCUCCUGCUCCGGCCGCCAAGAACGAGUCCACCAACGACAACACGACCCCGGCAUCUGAGAAGAAGGAAGAGAACACUAAGAAAAAGGAGAAGAAAAAGAAGAGCGAGGAGGAGCGCAAGGCCAGGAAGGAAAAGAAGCGCAAGCUCGCAGAGGCCAAUGGAUCAAUCCCCAUGGAAAUUCGUUAUGACAGUAGCGACUCUUCCACCAACACCAAGACGCCUCCGGUUGUCAAGGCUCCUAAGACGACGUCUUACCCAACUACUAACCCUGUUCGCAUCUACCGAAGAUGCUGUCAGCUACGCGAGACGCCGAUCCUUAAGAAGAUCACUGAGCAGCUCAACGACUCGUCCAAUUACUCGUCCUCGACUGGCAUGGUGAACAAGCUCGAUCUAACCAACUACUGGCUCCAACUACCAGAUCUGAUCACCCUUGGAGAUUAUCUGGCCGUUGUACCUGUUCGGGAAGUGUUGCUGGAGAACAGUGGGCUGAGCGACGAGGGUGUACGGGUCAUCUUGGCCGGUCUCCUUGCAGCAAAGCGCACUGUCCCGAAACGAGGGAAACCCAAGCACGACCUCGAGGAGCAAGGUGGUGUUGUGGAACGACUCGUAUUGAGAAACAACAAGAUCGGUCCUGAUGGUUGGAAGCAUCUGUCUCUCUUCACUUACCUCUGUCGAUCCCUCAAAUUCCUUGACCUCUCCCAGAUUCAAUUCCCUCGCCAACCUCAGAUGCAGCAGAAUGGUUCAUUGCCCAAUGGCGUUCAAAUUCCCCGAGGUAUAUCAGACAUUUUUGCCAAGGCUCUUGGGGAACGUCUUGGCGGCUCAGUUCUCGAAUUGGUCAACCUGAGCGAGACUGGCCUGAGCAUGGAGCAACUGGGGACAAUUAUUGACGGGCUAAUAAAGUGUGGUGUUCGACGGCUGGGUGUCUCACACAAUCAGAUCGAUGAAGAAGGCGUGCGGCAUAUCAUCAAAUUCCUUGCUGCCGGUAACUGUGAGGGUCUGGAUCUUGGCGGAAACGAUCUCAGCGAGCACACCGAGGCCCUAGCGGCGGCCAUCAACAACGAUCAAUCAACAUUAUGGGCGAUGAGUCUGGCUGGCUGCAACCUGUCGCCGUCCUCUCUCUGCAAGAUUCUUCCCACCAUGGCCAAGUUGACUGAGCUUCGCUUCAUCGAUCUGUCGCAGAAUCCGGCGUUGUUCCAGUCAACCCCCAACGCCGUCGGUUUGCUCAGAAGAUAUCUGCCCAAGAUGAAAGCCUUGAAGCGCAUUCAUCUCGAGGAUGUUCAGAUGACCCCAGAGCAGGCGAUUGCCCUGGUCGAAGUCUUGCCCGAGGUCAAGGCCCUCGCACACAUUAAUAUUACCAACAACACCGAGAUAAUGAAGCUGGCCGACGCGAGGACUGAGGAGGCCCAAGAGGAGGCCUGCGCUCUAUAUGCCUCCCUACUCGCAGCGGCUCGUGUGUCCAAGAGCCUCAUCUGUGUGGACAUUGAGGUUCCCAGCGAACGGUCUGGAGAAAUCGUCAAAGCAAUGGCCAAGCAGGUCGUUGCCUACUGCCUGCGGAACAUGGAACGAAUCCCUGAUGCCGAUGUCAAUGCGGCUCUUGCUUCAACUUUGGCUGAGAAUGGUCUUGAGGGGCAUGAUCACAAGCACCAUACUUAUCCCGAUGUUCUUGCGCAUCUUGUCGGACACGACGUCCUGGAUCAGGACGAGGAUAUCGACCUCGAUGGUUCGGCGCCCGACGAGGACUAUGUUAUUGGAGGCACCGGCGUGGUCAAGGCGCUGACCUGUUGCUUGAAGAACCGGGGCGAUGAGUCCCGGAGACAGUCGGGCGAGUUCAUUCGUGAGGUCGAGAACGGUGAAUCGAGGCCCGCGCCAACAUUAUCAACGGGAGGAAAGGCCAAGGAUAUGUCGAAGCAUUUGUUGAUGGGAGCUCGCAAGAUCCGACUCCGUCUCCAGCCAGCACUGACCAAAGCCAGGGCCAAUCCUGGUGAUCAGGACAACCUGCGUAGGCUGACCUUCUUGGACGAUACAUUGCAGGGUAUCAUCAAGCGUUUCGAGGACGAGUAUCCGGAUACACGCGAGGAGCCUGCCAAGCCAACUCGACCGCGGGCCGAGACCAAGGGAGCAGUGGAGGCUCCAAUUGUACUCCCACCAGAGGAUCCCUCUUUGGCUCUUUCGGAUAACGAGGAUGAUUCCGAGCUCAAUGCGGCCGGAGCACUAUCGAGGUCGAACUCGAUGGCCAAGACAUUGGCAGAGGAAGAGGGCCGGAUCCUCCGGGCCGGUCAUCGGUUCCGUGUUGGCUUCUUCAAGCAGGAGCAGAUGGACUUAUUCAGUACCAUCGACGAUAUCAGCUCAGACCCGAAGCACGUACGCAUGCUCUCGGAACUUGCGGAGGAUAUUGGCGGAGAGCUUCUUGAAAUUGUGAAGGAGAAGGGCCCUGUGAGGGCCUUCAAAGAACAUCGUGAUAUUGCGCUCAAGAGCAUGGAGGAGAGUGACCCGGAGCACUGGGAGCACUUUGCCGAGGCACAGCACAAGGCUCGUGCUAAUAUCACCGUUCCCAAAAAUACGGACGCUCUCAACAAAGCUGACGAGAGCGCAAUCGAUGAGAGCGCGGUCGCCGACUGA